AUGGCGGCCAAUUCAUCCAAGAGAAAACAGGGCGAACAUUUUGCUAUAGUUCCUUCCAAGAGGCAGAAACAGAAUGAAUUGGCUAUCAGAAACCAACAGCAAAGUCUUAUGCAAAGGGUGAGCUUUUUAGUUUUUGUAAAUUGGGAUUUUUAGUCACCAAAUUCGAUGACCAAUUUUUUAACGUGCAGACGUAUGUCAGACUAUUAAAACUACGCCAGACUGACUUCUGUCCGCAUCUAAUGAAAUCUUACAAAUUCCACGGUGUAAGAUCACUCGAGAAGAAGUCCUGGGCAUUCCUCAGUGUCUGUCAUAUAUGUAUAUUUAAUAAUUUAAAAAAUAUGUAGUUUAAAGUGUUGCUGAUGAAGAACUUCCAUGUUUGAAGAUUCUAAUGUUUUGUACUGUUUUUACCAGGGUCCACCAAGAUCCAGUUCGUUAAUGGCACCUAUUAUGUUAUUAACUGGUCAUGAGGUAUUAUAAACAUAAUUAUACAUGAUCAACUUUCUUACAAAAUUGAAUGAUAAAAUGUGAUUAGGCCAUGGGAAUGAAAGUCAUAGAUUUGCGUCCGGAUAAUUUUGAAAAAACAUGCGGGUUUUUUUCAUUAUUCAUUAUUUUUUUGCCAUCCUUUUGGGUGGUAAAUACAGAGAUCAAAACACGAAUUACCGUUUACACCACGGAAUUACAUAUAUCUCGAGCUCACGCAGUUGCAGUACUGAAGAUCUGUGUGCCAAUUUCGGUGAAUAUAAUUUGGAAUUUCAUAGAAUGUGGAUACUGAGGACAAACACACUGCAACAUGUUCAUUUUAUUGUAAUCAAUACACAAUUUUAUUGCUAUUUUUAUUGAGUUUUGCUUUGUUUGUGAAAAUAAUGAAUUUUUUUGUAAAUAAUGAAAAUUUUAGGCGGUAGCCUUUGAGGCAUGCGGGCGGUGGACGCAAAUCUGUGACUUUCAUUCCCAUGGUCUUAUCACCAAUAUAUUUGUUUCAGAGUGAAAUAUUUACAACUGAAUUUCAUCCUGAUGGUGAGACUCUUGCAUCAGCUGGAUUUGAUCGAUUAAUUUGUAAGUGACUAAACAACCGACAUUAUUCAAACUCAAGACAGUCAAAAUCAAUAUAUUAUGAAAGUCACCAAACUGUGGAAUCGCAUAAAAAAUUUGUAUAUCUGCCACUCCCACAAGAGUCUAUGACCGCACCUAUAUAGGUCGUAGACGUUUGUGAGAGUUGCGGCGAUAUAAAUUUUUUAUGCAAUUCCACAGUAAAUGGUGACUUUUGUAAUACAUCAGGAGGGGAGAGUGCUACCACUCAAUGGGUGUUAUAAAGCAUUCUGAGUAUUUUUCGUGGGCUUGCAAAUCAGCUAGGGGGUGCUAGACACCACUACAGUAGGUGGGGUGUGUACCCUGCAGUUCCCUCUAAAGCUCCCUACUUCUGUCCAAUGCCAGACGAUUUUACUUGUCAAAGAGAAGUUUAAUGGCUCUUUUCUUUGACUAGAGUUUAAUGGCUCUUCUCUUUGACUAGAUUUAUGGAAUGUUUAUGAUGAAUGUGAAAAUUUUGCGGUGUUGAAAGGACAUACUGGAGCAAUAAUGGAACUGCAUUUCAAUAUUGAUGGAAGGUAAUAUUGCAGGAUAGAAAACCCAUUGACCAGCAUAAUAUGCCUUAAUGCAUUACAAGUAUGACUUAAUCCAUGAAGUGACAUUGUGCCAUAUCUUUGUAUUUUACUCUGUCUAACACCAGACAAUUUUACUUGUCAAGGGGAGAAUACUGCUGAUUAGUGUGUUAAGGCAUUGUUAACAAUACAGCAUAUUUUUACAGUACAUUAUUCACAGCAUCAACAGACAAGACAGUGUGUUGUUGGGAUUAUGAAACUGGAGGUAGAAUUAAGAAAUUGAAAGGACAUCAGUCAUUUGUAAAUUCAUGCUGUCCGUCAAGACGUGGCAAUCAGAUGAUCGUCAGUGGUGCAGAUGACAGCACUAUUAAGGUAUGGUACUUUUUGGAAUAGUAGACUUCAUGAUCUCAUUAUUUCGUUUUGUAAAUUUUGACCCCUGAAAAUUUUAUUAAAUAAUUUAUAUAUCUAAUUGAAAACGUUCUGUAAGCCCAAAUUUUAAUCAUUGCCCACACCUUCAAGGCUUAUGCUUUACAGCUGGUGGUGUGAGCAAAUAUAGAACUAAAGUUAUUCUCAAAAAAGCAUUACAUGCACUAUUUUUUAAAAUAUAAAACAAUGGUAACUCCAACAAUAAACAUUUUAAUAUUCUAAUAUUAAAAUGUUUAUUUUUGGAUGACUGAAUCUUAGUCGAAAGCUAGAAUAUUAAAAAGUUUAUUUUCAGAGUUACCAUUGUUUUAAAUUUUAUUAAAAUGCUCAGUGGUUUCCAUAACACUAUUUUUUACACUGUACGGUAUUCCACCAUAGUUGCUAGGCCUAAAAAAAAUACCUGUGGUUCCGGUUUCUUACCGUGAAAAAACUAGGGUUGGUUGGAAAUACAUAUUUUUUUAAAAUGUUUUUUUCAUGGUUUUGGCGAUUUUUUGCUGGGCGAUUUGCAGUAGAGUCCUGACAUCAAUAUUAACUAGAGAUGCGUAUUUCCUAUGGAUGAAUUUAGGCAAUUUGGUUCAAUAAUUAGUGUGACAACAGACGUCAUUUUGGCACGCUGUAUGAGCAGCCCGCAACCACCCGGAGAAAAUAGGGUCGCACUGUCAAUCGCGUUAAAAAAUAAACCGGAACCACAGGUAAUUUUUUUAGGCCCUAUUAAUAGUACCAACUUGUCUGUAUUUUAUAGUUGUGGGACAUACGAAAGAGAGGUGCUGUGCAAACAUUUCAAGAUAUAUAUCAAGUAAGAAAUUUGAAUAUAAAAGAAUAAAGUUUUACACAAUAUGAUAUUUAACACUUUUGUGCCCUUAACAAUUUGCACCCAAUAUGAUAUUUAACACUUUAAUUUAAAAUUUGUGCCCUUUUUCACCUCUGGCUCUGGCAGAAAAUUUCCAGCUGCUGUAAUUUUUCCAAAUUGUACUCGAAACCAUACUAUUACCUAUACAAACAGCAUGCAUUUUGAUUAUUUUAGGUAACAGCAGUAUGUUUUAAUGAUACUGCAGAUCAAAUUUUGUCUGGUGGGAUUGAUAAUGAAGUUAAGGUAAGGCAAACACCAUGCCUUGUUUCAAUAUGGAAAUUAUCGAGUGUGAUUUUUACAUAUUUAUCAGACCUAACCAGGAGCGGCUGUGAAAAAUCCAACUACAGGUCCUGAGAGGAAUCAAACCUACGGCCACAGAAUACUACACAGCAGGCCAUCUCCAUUGCUUUUUGCAUAAGCGCUAUUCGUCAUGAUUUGUCACUCAGCAAGUACCCUAAACAGAACUUGCUUCGUGACGAAUAAUGACGAAUAGCGCUUAUGCAAAAAACAACAGAGAUGGCCUUUUGUGUAGUAUUCUGUGCUAUGUAUGGUCCUGCGAUUCUGGUGCAGCGCUCUGAAGCCCUGGUCAAAUGAGAGUUGAGAAGUGGGAGCUUGCAUGAGCAUUGUCCCAACAACUUGUAAUCACCUCGCCUUUAGCAACUAAUUGUUAAAUGGUAAAAUUUGAAAUAUGGCAUCUUUACAUGCAUUUUUUUUUCAAGUACAUAUGCUAGGAUAAGGGUUGUGUAUGACUAUAGUUGUAUCUGUGAAAUGGGCCUCAACCAACUGGAGCAGUAGCCUCCUCCGCAGGCAACUGUGUAGUUCUGCAACGUUAUUAACCAUAAAAGAUUUAUCAGGAACGUAGAAAAUACAAGGAAAUACUAGUUCUGAAAUACGAUAUGAUAUUUAUAAUAAACACUGGAGCGUAAAAAUAGGGAGGCUUGUGCCUUUUUAAUUUACGCUCCAGUGUUUAUAAAUAUCAUAUCGUAUUUCAGAACUAGUAUUUCCUUGUAUUUUCUACGUUUCUGAUAAAUCUUUUAUGGUUAAUAACGUUGCAGAACUACACAAUUGCCUGCGGAGGAGGCUACUGGAGCAGGUUGUUUGAAAGACAGUUAGCAUAACCCUAGGUUAACCUAAAAUUCAGAGCAAGCUUCCCAACAACUUGGUUAUAAACCUGGAAAUAUUUCUUCAGAAAUCUUGUCUGGAUGAAUUAAUAGGAGUUCUCUGUUGACUCUGUUCUGGAAUUUUGUGAUAAACAAACGCCCACUUCCAUCUAUUAAUUCCUUCAAAAAUUCUAUUCUCUCCAGGUUUGGGAUUUACGUAAAAAUGAUAUUCUCUACACAAUGCCUGGGCAUACAGACACAGUGACUGGUUUUAAACUCAGUCCAGACGGUUCCUUCCUGCUUUCAAACGCUAUGGAUAACACAGGUAUGUAAUCUUUUACAUUUGGAAAAAAAUAAUAAAAUCUCAAAUUUAUGCUACCAGACUAAUGUACAGUACCAGACAUGCUGUAAAUUCCAAAACAAUAUCCGUAGGACAAAUAAAUUUUCGGUUGCAUGGAUCAGUGGGACUUUGUAUUGCUCACCAAAAGUCGAGUAAUGUGAUUGAUCAUGCGGGAUGUGAUCAGCACAAGCUGUAAAUGUAAAUUUUGAAAGAUUGGCCGAUCAUUAUUAGUCCCUAGGUCCGAGUGACUGCAAAGUUGAUUGAACAUUUGUCAUACCCAAGCGAAAUUGCUAGAGAGAUUCAGAUUUGACUUCCACUACUGUAUCUCUCCCUGGCUUAGUAUGCAUCUGAUGGUUGAUCGGAAAUAUCAAACCCAUCUGAUUGGUUAAUGAUCCUUUAAUGGUGUGGUAGCUUGUGAAAGUCAAAUUUGAACCUCUUGAUUGUAUGUUGUAAAACAAACUACUUUGAUGUUGAAAUAAAGUGUUUAUUUUGCAGUUCGUAUUUGGGAUGUACGACCUUAUGCUCCGGUAGAAAGAUGUGUGAAAGUAUUCAUGGGAGCUCAACAUAAUUUCGAAAAGGUAUGUACUACAUAAUUUUAAUUUAACAUUGAAUGUGACAAAACCAAACCCGGUUAUCCCUGUCUGUUAAUGAAUUCCAUUUACAUUUAUUUCUUAUACAUUUGUAUAGUGA